AUGGAACUAUUAAUUGGAACUGUUGGUGAACCUUCCUCUUCCAAAAUACCACUCAAGAAAAGAGUCAGAAUAAGUUAUGCCGAAUCAGAAGAGACUGAUUCUGGUUACAAGGAACAACCAAAGAGGGCGAAGUUUAUUAUUAUCGAUAAUGAAAUACCAAUCGAACACCUUGAUGACAACGAAAUUCUUGCAACUGUGCAGGAAAAUGGCGAAGAUGACGAGAAAGCAGUUGAACCACAGCCCAAUAUUUCUUUAAAGUUGGCACUAGAAAGCGUGGAUAAUCUAUUGCAGUUUAUCAGUAAUCCUCCAAAAGAACUUCUUUUUGAUCUGAAGACGUUAUCAAUUCUACGUAUACUGAGCAUUUCUUAUUUGGGUUACGUUUACAUCAAGGUUGGGCUUGGUAAAGACAAGUGGAAUCCUGCUAUUGCUAAUGAGAAUAGGGGACAAUCACUACGAAGUCAUUUGAGAGAACUUCGCGAGCGCUUCAGAGAACAGAAAUCGAUUCAUGAAAUCAUUCAGAGUAUCGCAUCAAAAAAAGGGCUCGAUCCACUGUCGCAUGAAUUUGCUCGAUAUCUCGAUGAUAACGAUGAGUUGAAGCACUUGCGAGAAGAAUUUUCAUUACCCAAAGUUAGUGAAUGUAUCGCCGAGGGCGUAGUUCCUAUUACAUCAGAAGAGGAAGUUGUUUAUUUGAGCGGAAAUUCGCUUGGCCUACUCCCGAAGCGUACGCGAAAACUGAUCAAUGAAGAGCUUGAUGUUUGGGCUACAUCAGCCGUCAGGGCCCACUUUAACCACAAGCUCGGUCGAAAUUGGGCCACUAUUGAAGAUCAAGUAAUUAGUAAGCUUACCGGAAUUGUUGGUGCAAAGCCAAUCGAAAUAGCUGUGAUGAAUACGCUGACGUCCAAUAUACAUCUUCUGCUGGCCUCAUUCUACACGCCAACUCAAUCGCGGUUCAAGAUCUUGAUAGAGGAAAGUUCGUUUCCCUCUGACAGAUAUGCGCUAGAGUCUCAGAUCAAGUUCCAUGGAUAUCUUGUUGAAGCUGCACUAAUCGAGAUAAAGCCGCGACCUGGUGAUAUUACACCUGAGAUUGAAGACGUUCUUAACAUUAUUGAGAAAGAGGGUGAUAGCAUUGCAUUAGUAUUCAUGGAAGCAGUGAACUAUCACACCGGACAAUUAUUUGAUAUUCCAAAGAUUACAAAGGCAGCUCAGAAGAAAGGUUGCAUCGUUGCAUGGAAUCUUGCACAUGCUAUCGGGAAUGUUGAACUAAAACUUCACGACUGGAACGUCGAUCUUGCUGUCUGGUGUUCUUACAAGUACUUGAAUGCGGGUCCGGGUGGUAUAGCCGGAAUUUUUGUGCACGAAAAACACGCACAUGAGUUUGACAGACCGAGAAUCGUGAUAUCAGCUUUCCAGCCAAUGCCUGGGGCGAAAGGUUUCCAAGUUUCCAAUCCCUCUGCUCUUGACAUGGUCGCUUUGUAUGGCUCGCUCGAAGUAUUCUCUCUGACCAACAUGUCUGACCUUUGUCAGAAAUCAUAUCUAUUGACCGGUUACCUUGAAUUUCUUCUCGACGAAAACCUCCACGGAGUUGGAUAUAGGAUAAUUACACCUCGUAAUCCUCACGAACAUGGUGCACAGCUGUCGCUCAUGUUUGAUGAAUUAAAGGUAGAGAAGAUUGCCGAUGACUUAUUAAUUCGGGGUAUCAUAUGUGAUGAAAGAAAGCAAUCUGUUCUUAGAGUUGCUCCUGCCCCUUUGUACAAUUGCUUUUCCGAUGUAUAUAAAUUUGUCAAUGCUUUGAAAGCUAUAUUGUCGGAAACGUAA